AUGCCAAAGGCAACUUCCACCAGAAUAAUUGCUGGUUUCUGGGGCUUCUUUACCCUCAUUAUCAUCUCUUCCUACACCGCCAACUUGGCUGCCUUCCUAACAGUGGAAAGAAUGCAGGCACCCAUUGAGGACGUGAAGGAUUUGGCGAAGCAGACCAAAAUCAAGUACGGUACCCGCAAGGGUGGCUCCUCAGAAGACUUCUUUGCCAAGGAACGAAAACGGCUACAUUUGCGCCUUGCACGAAGCAUGAAGGAGUUAGUUUCUAUUGCUGAGCACCAAUUCGGGUGGGCGAAUGCUCAAAGCAUCCAAGACGUACUUACAGAGCACAAAGUAAUAGAAAUGUAA